UCUGAUUCAUUAAAACCUGGAAAGACGUAAGUGGUGAGCAGGAAGUAACUUUUUGUGUCUGUUUCUUUUUAAUCCAGCAUGGAGAGAAAACUUAUAUCAUUGGUUCCAUCUGUCUCCAUAUCAGAAAAAGAACUCAAUGGCACCUUCAGCAGUAACAACAGCAACAGGAACUGCACAAUUGAAGACUUCAAGAGAGAUUUUUACCCCACUGUGUACCUGAUAAUAUUUGUCUGGGGAGCCUUGGGAAAUGGCUUUUCCAUAUAUGUUUUCUUGCAGCUUUAUAAGAAACGCACGUCUGUGAAUGUUUUCAUGCUAAACUUGGCCAUUUCAGAUCUCUUGUUCAUAAGCACGCUGCCUUUCAGGGCUGACUAUUACCUCAGAGGCUCCAAUUGGAUAUUUGGGGACCUGGCCUGCAGAAUCAUGUCUUAUUCUUUGUACGUCAACAUGUACAGCAGCAUUUAUUUCCUGACUGUGUUGAGUGUUGUGCGUUUCCUGGCAACUGUUCACCCCUUCCGGCUCCUCCAUGUCACCAGCAUCAGAAGUGCCUGGAUUCUGUGUGGCGUCAUAUGGGUCUUUAUUAUGGCUUCCUCAAUAACGCUUCUGAAAAAUGGCUCUGAGCAAGAGGGUAAUGUCACAUCAUGCUUAGAGCUGAAUCUCAAUAAAAUUGGUAAACUGCAGGCCAUGAACCACAUUGCCUUGGUGGUGGGCUUCCUGCUGCCAUUCUGCACACUCAGCAUCUGUUACCUACUGAUCAUCCGGGCUCUAUUAAAGGUGGAAGUCCCAGAAACAGGGCUGCGGCUUUCUCACAAGAAGGCACUGACCACCAUCAUCAUUGCCUUAAUCAUCUUCCUCCUGUGCUUCCUGCCCUAUCAUAUACUGAGAACCCUCCACUUGAUCAUGUGGAAAGUGGGUACCUGCAGAGACUGGCUACAUAAAGCUGUGGUCAUCACACUGGCCUUAGCAGCAAGCAACAGCUGCUUCAAUCCUUUCCUCUAUUACUUUGCUGGGGAGAAUUUUAAGGACAGACUAAGGUCUGCACUCAGAAAGGGUCAUCCACAGAAGAGGGAGUGCAGCUUUCUUGUCUGUGUGUAGUUGAAGAUGGAAACAAGAGUGUAAGGGGUUACUAGGUGCGGCCCAUUCUUGUAUCCUUGUGUCCACCUGCAUUCACACACAGUCUCCAAAUGACCUUGUAUGUAUCCAUUCCUAACAAAGGUCGAUUCCCAACAUUUAUGUUGUUAACAAGACCUACUUCAAAAAUUUCAUUAGGUGCAUUUUCAGUGAUUGAGUCUAAAUGAGGAAUGAAAGAGGAAAAAUUCCUACUAGAGUCUUGCAACCUGUCAGGCUGGGAAAAACUUCCAAGUGAAUGCUACUUUUCAUCAGAUUCUGUACCAGAUCUCUGCUCCACCACGCAUUCUAAAUUCUUAACUUUGAGACAACCCCAACUUCCCCAGCUUCUCCAGCUCCUUUUCCCUCUUCUAUCCCCUGAGAUAUAACCAGUUAACAAAGUUACUGGAGACCCCAGAGCAGAUAAGAAAAGCAUCCUAAGAAUUCAGGGGAAAGACUUUGUGAAGAGGAAGGAUGCCGUUUAACAAAGCAGAGUCAGGGUCCCAAACAAGAACAGUGAGAGAAAAAGGGAGAGGAGAAUUGGGGCAAGAGAGAGCUGGUGAGAAGUAGAGGGGAGGAGGAAUUUCACUUUACAUUGGGAGAGAGGCUGUAGCACACGGAAGGCAAG